AUGGUGCUGCUUAUUCAAAUACCGCGGCUGCUAUGGUGCUGCUUAUUCAAAUACCGCGGCUGCCAUGGUGCUGCUUAUUCAAAUACCGCGGCUGCCAUGGUGCUGCUUAUUCAAAUACCGCGGCUGCCAUGGUGCUGCUUAUUCAAAUACCGCGGCUGCCAUUGUGCUGCUUAUUCAAAUACCGCGGCUGCAAUGGUGCUGCUUAUUCAAAUACCGCGGCUGCCAUGGUGCUGCUUAUUCAAAUACCGCGGCUGCCAUGGAGCUGCUUAUUCAAAUACCGCGGCUGCCAUGGAGCUGCUUAUUCAAAUACCGCGGCUGCCAUGGUGCUGCUUAUUCAAAUACCGCGGCUCCAUGGAGCUGCUUAUUCAAAUACCGAGGCUGCCAUGGUGCUGCUUAUUCAAAUACCGCGGCUGCUAUGGUGCUGCUUAUUCAAAUACCUCGCCUGCUAUGGGGCUGCUUAUUCAAAUACCGCGGCUGCUAUGGAGCUGCUUAUUCAAAUACCGCGGCUGCCAUGGUGCUGCUUAUUCAAAUACCGCGGCUCCAUGGAGCUGCUUAUUCAAAUACCGCGGCUGCCAUGGUGCUGCUUAUUCAAAUACCUCGGCUGCUAUGGUGCUGCUUAUUCAAAUACCGCGGCUGCCAUGGCGCUGCUUAUUCAAAUACCGCGGCUGCUAUGGGGCUGCUUAUUCAAAUACCGCGGCUGCCAUGGUGCUGCUUAUUCAAAUACCGCGGCUGCCAUGGUGCUGCUUAUUCAAAUACCGCGGCUGCCAUGGAGCUGCUUAUUCAAAUACCGCGGCUGCUAUGGAGCUGCUUAUUCAAAUACCUCGGCUGCUAUGGGGCUGCUUAUUCAAAUACCGCGGCUGCUAUGGAGCUGCUUAUUCAAAUACCGCGGCUGCCAUGAAACUGCUUUUGCUUAUUCAAAUACCAGCGGGAACCAUGGUGCUGCUUGUUAAAUACCUGCGGCUGCCGCCGGGUCAUAGCUUAUUCAAAUACCCGCGGCUGCUAUGGUGCUGCUUAUUCAAACUCACCGCGGCUCCACGGGCUGUAUUCAAACUCGCGGGAGCCAUGGUGCUGCUUAUUCAAAUACCUCGGCUGCUAUGGUGCUGCUUAUUCAAAUACCGCGGCUGCUAUUGA